AUGCCAUUCUGUUUAUACAACGCGCCACAAUUAUACCAGCGGUUGAUAGACAAUGCGCUGUACGGCUUCUGGAAACUCUCGUCGACUGAAGAUACCCGCGACGUUUUCCAGGACGGGGUUCCGUCCAAGUCGGGAACACGGUCCGGGAAGGCUUGGGAUGACUUGUGCAAAAAGGUGGAACUUCUCCUCGAGAUUUGCGAGGAGUGGCACCUGUCGAUCAGUGUCGAGAAAAGCGAAUGGGGAAUGCCAAGGGUGAACUAUUGGGACACGAGGUUUCGGAAAAUGAAGUCGGGCGAAGCCAAAGAACUUGGAAGCACUAGCGGCGCUGGAUUUCCGGUUGCAGUCAAGUUCACUAGCCGGACGUUGAAGCACAACGAGCUGAACUACAACAUCAUCAUCGAGAAGGAGAUCCUAGCGCGGCUGCACGUCUUGAACGAGUGCCACAACAUGAUGGUGGGAAAGACGAUUCGCGUGUUGACCCGACAUACAACCCUGGGUUGGCUAUUCGGGUCUAAAGGGCUUGCAAGGUCGUCUGUCGCAAUGGGUCGCCAUCCUCUCUCCCUGGCGAUUGGAAAUCCUCCGGUCAGCGAAAGGGGAGGAAGAGAUUCUGGGAGCGUUGGCUGCAAGCAUCACGCCGAGGGCCCAUGUAGAUUCCGCGUUGGAAGAUAUCGCGCCUCAAAACGCCCGUCUAAGACGGCUGCGAUCCCGGUCCCGAAAAUCGGACGGACCGAGAGUCUGAGAGAGUCUCCACCCCGCGUCAAACGCGAAGGUGGUGCAUUCAGCGCAGUAGUCUGGCAGCUACCAAAUCGGGACGUGGUAAAAACCGCUUCUGGAUACGCGGAAGGUCUCACAGGUAACGAAGCCGAAUACCGGGGCAUGCUACUCGGGCUCUCGCUCCUAGAAGACUUGGAUGUCACACGCUUAAUCAUAUGCGGUGAUUCAAACCUGGCGGUUCGCCAAAUGCGAGGAGAGAUGGACUACGGAUUAAAGCUGUUGAGACAACAGGCUUUAAAACGCGCUGCGCGAACGGUCGGGCUCGAGUUUCUACAUGUCCGACGAGACUGGAACGCGAGUGAAGAUAUGUUGGACGGACAAACAUUCCAACGACAAGGAGGCAAAGACGUCCAUAGCGUCGAGGAGAUCGAGGAUCUGAAGACAUUAAAUCGGCUGGGGGAAGUGCUACAACCCACGCUACCCGUUCCGGGGCGUGAAACACGCGGUACAGAUGACCCCAGACGCGGGACGAGGAGAGUCUAUCCUGUGACCACCCGGUCGCGCGACGCGUCCCACCAAACCACGCGGAGACAUCCGGAAGCCUGGAAGGAAAUACAGGUGCAACGGCUGAGACUGGAUCGGGUCCGUACGGCGCAGGACGAAGAGAUCUGGAUAGCGAACCUCAAGAAGUUCCUAAGCGAAGAUAUCAGCGAGCUUUCAAAACAGGAGGAGGUGGGAGAGAGUGGCUUGCUGUACUACCACGCACGGGGAGACGAAUCGACAGAAGACCGGGACUCGAUCAUGAAGUUGGUCGUGCCAGAGACCCUCCGGCAAGACGUGCUAAACCACUAUCACGCAAGUCUAGAAGGCGGGCACCAAGGUAUAGGCCAAACGUACCAACGCAUACGACAUCAUUUCACUGACCAGGGUUUCAAAACCGUACAGCGUCACGUCGGAGAGUGCGUCGACUGCGAGUCGGGCAAUUGCAGACCGACAAUCCAAGGGGAAUCUCCCGGGAAUAUCAUAGCGACGUAUCCAUUCCAAGUGGUCGCGAUGGACCACAUACCGUCAUUGCCCGCGUCACACAAGAGAAACACGGAGUUGCUAAUCUGGGUUGACCUGUUUACGUGUUUCGUUAUCGCGAAGGCAAGUGCGUCGCGAACCGCGCAGACAGUCGCCGAAUCAUAUGAGGAGGCAGUCUUCAUGCGUUUCGGGGCUAGUGAAGCUAUUCGCCAUGACCGAGAGCCGGGCUUCAUGUCCGAUUUCUUCAGGGCCUUCAAUAAAUUCAUGGAUCGACGGCUACGAGUUCGCCCACAAGCAAACGGGGCGGCGGAGCGCAUGGUGCAGACGAUCACGAGGGCCAUCAAGAUGUACAUCGCGGACAACGAUCAGCGCGACUGGGACGAGUACGCAGAACGACUCAGCUACGCCCAGAACACCGCCCACGAUCGGACAUGGGACGAAACACCGUUUUCCUUGGUGCAUGGUUGGGACCCACGGUCCACCCUGGAAGCGACACUAGCGAUUGGUAACACCUCACAUCGAGACGUAGAAGCUCGGCGAUGGAGAAUGCGUAUACCGCGUCACUACAAAACCGCUCGCACACAAACACUCGAGUUGAUCCGCAAAGAAGUGGACAUGCGGACCACACGGCAGAAGGCGCGCGCGACGGAACACGCAAUACAAUGCGGAUCCCAAGGCUGGCUGUAUCUUGAUCGGGUCAAGCCCGGGUACGCGCGCAAACUUGCGCACCUGUGGCACGGCCCGUUCCGCGUAGCUAAUUUGGUGAGCACGCACGCCGUACGUCUGGAGACCAUCAGAACCCCAUACCAAUUGUUCCCAAUCGUGCACGUCUCAAAGCUGAAGCCCGUCCGUGAAUUCCCGUCGCGACCCGAAUUGCGACUGACGGUGCCAGCGGAGGAGCGGUUCGACUUCGACGAAGAGCUCCUCCCGGAGGUCAGCUGGGAGGCGCACGAUGCGGACGAUGAGGUAUACGAGGUCGAGCAAAUCCUAGAUGCACGCGAAGGUCGCACAACGCGCUAUGGAUGA